CACACACCCUCCCUGUCUCCUGCCUACAAGUCACUCCUUGAUACUGCAUCCGCACUGACACUCGCUGGCCGCAUUGCAUUCUUUUCCAACCACAAUCACUAUCACAUCAAUCACUGACUGUCGUCAUCUUCACUUCUACUGCGCGGAACUCACCGGAAAACCUUCGCUUCAUUGAAAAGACGACCACACGACCAUCAUGCGCACCGCAUCCAUAGCGACCAGCUCCCUCCUCGCCAUCAGCUCCGUCUACGCCCUCCCAGAGAUCUCGAUAGGGAAGCGGGAUGCCGGUCUGCAGCAGUCGCCAGCAGCCAAAGGCGCAGUAGCGAAAAAGCUGGCGAAAAGGCAGAGCGGGACUCUACAGACAACCGUCUACGACAUCCUCGACUACAGCUACGGCGGCGCCUACUAUGCCAACAUCACUGUAGGCACACCGCCGCAGAACCAAGUCGUCAUCGUGGAUACCGGGUCAUCCGAUCUUUAUCUUGAUGCAUCCUCCGCGCCCGCUUGCAAUGGGCCGGAAACGGCGUACAGCUGCCGCGGAGGCACAUUCGACCGCAACUCCAGUAACACCCUCAAGAUCGUCGAACCGGCACCCGCAUUCAACACAUCCUUCGGCGACGGCUCGACCGCUGUCGGCCCGUUCGCAACGGACGAGGUCUGCGUCGGGUCCGUAUGUGUCUCGAAUGUACAAUUCGGUAUCGCAGAGGAGGUCAACUCCACCAGCGGCUUCGCCGUAGGCCUGCUCGGCCUCGGGUAUUCCGAAAACGAAGCAACCAACACCAUCUACCCCAACCUCCCGGAGGUGCUGAAGAAUGCAGGCGUGAUUAGCAGCCGGCUGUACUCCGUCUUCCUCAAUGACUUCGCCGCAAUCUCCGGCUCCAUCCUCUUCGGCGGCAUUGAUACCAGCCGCUUUUCCGGCGCACUGGCGACCCUCGACUUCCUUCCUAGUGCGCGGAGCGGCGUAGUCGACGCAUUCAUCACGACCGUCACCGCCGCUUCGGUGACGGUGGGUGGCACGAGCACGAAACUGUUCUCCGGCGGCCACAACUCCGUCCAGGCGUACCAAUCGUCGGAUCCCGCGCUUCCGGUUUUGCUCGACACGGGUUCGACGGCGUGGAGUGUCGAUGAGAGUAUCUACAACCAAUACUUCGCCAAGCCUUUCUCUUGGGUGGAUGACCAGGGCUUGUGCUCGUGCAGCCAUCAGAAUGACGAUACGUCCAUCACGCUUGAGUUCGGUCUGAAGGUCAACAUCACCAUCCCCAUUCGCGAAUUCGUGGUGCCGAUCUAUAACGCCAGCACCAACACUGCGAUUCCAUACGGCAACAACCAGGGCGACGCUUGUGCGUUCCUGAUCUCGCCCUCGGAGUCAACCGGGCAAGGCUUCCAGCCCAUGGGCGACGCCAUCCUCCGCAGCAUGUACGUCGUCUUCGACCUCGACAACGGCCAAGUCUCUCUCGCCCAAGCCUCCCUCAACUCCUCCACCCGCUCCAACGUCGUUUCCGUCGGCGCGGGUCCCUCAGGAGUCGCAUCCGCUCUCCGCAGCGCAAGCAGCACCGUCUCAUACCUCCCCGCCUCGACAAGCCAGACAUACAGCAUCGCCCCUUACGUCACCGGAGCGGGAUCGUUUGCUACGUCGAGUGCCGCUACGCCAGUGGGUACGGCCACGGGCUCGCGUGCUGUGCCGUUUGAUGCGCAGGUCUCCGUCAGUGCGAUGGGGAUUGUUAGCGCGGCUCCCGCGAGCGCGGCGACCGCGACCGCUUCGGCGCCAUCGGGUAGUGCGUCGAAGAGUAGCGCUGCCGCAACGGGGACGGUGGUACGAGGGGCGUCUGGCGUGGUUUGGGUGCUUGGGGUGGUGGUGUGCUCAGUGUUACUGGGUGGUGCAUUGAUUCUGUAAACGCCUGGAGAGGCCUGUGAAUGGCACAGAAUAGAUGGCGACAUGACAUUGCGUUGCCUUUGCUAUCCUCCCUUAUUCUUCACUAACAUCACCUCUGUGAGCUUAUGGGUUCGCCUGCACAUCGUCCUUACCAUGUCCACCAUCUUCCCAUCCCCUCUGUAUCUCAGGGCAAGAGGAUGCGGAUGGUUUCCGCACAUGAAGCAUGAAGCCUCCUCCCCUUUCGAGACUGGAUCUUGAUUCUAACAUUUCAUGUACCGACCGCAUCACGCUCUCUAGCUCUUACAGUAACAUCAAUCCAGAUAUAUGCAUUGUGGAGCUUUAAGAGUAGGAAUGGCGCGUGAAGAGUGGAAAGUAGUCCCACUGUAUUGUUAUCGCUGAUCAUCAUUACCCACC